GCCAUCUUGUCAGUCGCCCCACAGUUGCUAGUGUGAACGCACGUCAGUUUAAACGGAAAAUUUUACAAAAACAAAACAGUAUAACUAUCUGCAUAUGUACAUUAGAGCUAAAGGAGGAAAAUUAGACGAUUCGAUUCGAUUCAAUUGCACGCGACGCAAUUUGGCAUUUAAACAAGAAAGAACGGUUAAUUAUAGGGUGAUAAUAAUGGCUUCUGCUUAUCCCAAAAUCCCGUCAAGGGACGUAGAUAAACUAAUCAUUGCUGUGAAGGAUCGCCCGCCGUUGUACAGUAGGACUGAACGGUACGCGCCACAACACAGGCAAAAGAAGAGCGCACUGUGGCGGGAGGUGUGCCGGGAGCUAAAUACGGACUUCGACAACUUGCCGGGGACGGAAAAACUUGAAUACGAACGCGAAGUUUACAAGCGCUGGCGAGGUCUGAGGACUUGCUUCAGUCGGGAACUGUCUUUGCAGAGGAGGGAGAAACUCAGUGCAAAGGUCAAAAGGAGAAAGAGAUACGAGUACUUUGAAGCACUCAAUUUUUUGAUGCCAGAAUAUGAAAAUGAUUUAGAAGAAGAGACAAUGCACAUACUUAAUUUCGAAAGUGACGACGAAACAGCAGAGGUUGCCGAAUUCGACGAACCUAAAAGCGACGAAAUAACUUUUCAAGAGAUAAAAUCCGAGACCGAAAUAGAGAAUUAUUCCGAAACGGAUAUAUUUAUGGACUCAGAUCCUGUCCAAAUUGAACCUAAAAGAGAGCGAGAUAUGUUAGAUCUCACUAGAAGGGAGAAAAUAGAAGAGAGAGACAGCGACAAACUAUUUAUUAUGUCUCUCGUACCAAGCUUUAGAAGAAUAAAUCCUAAAAAGAAGUUGGCUGCGAAAAUAGAGUUGAUGAAAGUGUUGCAAAGAUUUCAAGACGAUUAAUUAGUAUGUAGUAAUAAAAGACAUUUUGGAAGUGUA